AGCUGAUUGCGCAUGCGUUAUCAGGCGAACCUUUGCAUGACUUUCUCAACCUGCCGUUAGACGUAGAGGACAGACUGAUUAUGUUACCGCUAGUGCUGAUUCGUUUUAUGCGAGUCCGAUGAACUGGCUCUUCAAUAUGUCACAGUAGGGUGAUAAGAAAUCAAUUUUAAAAAGCGUUAGUGGCGAUUUAUUGUUAUUGAAUAAUUCGAUACAAAAAAUACAGCAAAUUCCUUGGCAAAUUCUACUGGUAUGAAAGAAAAUUUGACCACCCUAAUGUGGCAGCACUUCGCUUCAAAGAUAGGAAGGAAAAGCCGGCCGGGACGCCAGGGCCUCUGUCUGUUUGGGUACAAAAAAAGUGUUUUUGUUUUUCUUCGCAUGCAGAGAAAAGCCGGCGCAUCGGACAAAGUUACAGGCGCAUGACGGUGAUAUUUUUGGGAUCAUGUGACUUGAGCACCUCCGAAAUUUUCCUCAUUUCAUUUCAGAACAUUGUCUCGAUAGGAUAGGAAUUAUAAAUAUAAGUGCUCUUGAGUUUUUUUAAGGUGAAAAAAGUGCAAGAUGUUCAAAUUGAGCAUUUUGACACUUCUGGUUCUCGGAGCCACUGUUAAAGCCGAAAUCGGACCGAUUUACAGCUGCUACGGGUCCAGAACGGAGUGUAGGUUGGCGUACGUAAACCAUGAAACCCGCGAAGAAGUGUCAGAUAUAACCAUCAGUGCCGGAUCGGGACCGUUCGUGGAAAUCGAAUUCGUAGAUUCAUCCUUCCCAAUCAUCCCACCAUCCUUGUUCCGUGACAACGACAAUGUACGGAUGCUCUCGGUGAAAGAAUGUGAAAUUCAAGCCGUUGAUUCGAGAACAUUUGCGAAUGCACGGGAGCUGAAAUAUCUCAAGAUUCACAAGAAUGCACUCACGAAAUUAUAUAACGACAUGUUCAGCGCUACGAAGCUGGUGAGAGCAAACUUUGGAAGCAAUCGUAUCACUGAGGUAGAAGAAAACACCUUCCGAGGGUGUCGGGAUUUGGCAGUGUUGCGACUUACGCGAAACAGAAUAAAGGUUUUCCCGGAACAACUGUUCGCUGGGUUAUAUCAGCUGGAAGAUCUGAACUUGGAUCACAACCGAGUUGAAGACUUGGCCGAAAAUAUGUUCAAGGAUUUGUCUCGUCUGCGUGAACUAUAUCUGAGUCAUAACUUUAUCCAAGUCAUUAAACCAAACACAUUUUCUGGUCUCUCAAGCUUGAGAAAACUGGUGCUGAAGGAAAAUGAGCUGUCUACGAUAGAUCCUCAUGCGUUUGAUCACUUAACAAGUCUUACUGAGCUCGACUUAGAAGAAAACAACCUGAAAGUGAUUGCUCCGGAAACAUUUGCUCGCUUACCACACCUAAAGGAACUCAUUUUGACAGAGAACUACAUUGAACAUCUCGAUGAUCGCACUUUUGAGAACAAUGUGGCACUGCAAUAUCUGGUUUUAAGCAAUAACUCGAUUGAAGUAUUAAAUCCAGCUCUUUUCUCCAAACUUGCCCGCCUGGAACAACUGUCAGUUCAGUUCAACGAACUGUCCAGUUUGGAUGAUAAUUUGUUCGUGAACUGCCCAAAUCUAGAAACUCUUCACUUCGAAGGAAACAUCAUCAGCAAAAUCGCACCCAGAGCAUUCGCCAACCUAAGAAGAUUGCAGGUGUUGGAUAUGGAUGACAACAACAUUGCAACGCUAGAAGGUGGAAUCUUUAGCGACUUGAUUGGUUUAGAAAAGCUCUUCAUAGAUAAUAACUUACUGCGAGAUCUAAAGGCAGCUUCGUUCCGUGGUGCGAGUAAUUUAAAGAAACUAUAUCUGCGAGAUAACCUGAUCCGUCAUGUAGACGAGUCUGUGUUCAACGAUGUUCCACAGCUAAAGAGUUUAACUAUUGAAGAUAACUGGAUCGAAACGAUUCCGAGGAACUUGUUCGCUAACAUGCGAAGACUUAAGGAACUAUCACUAAGUGAUAACAAUCUAGACGAUCUGGACGAUUCUGUAUUUCAAGCAAUUUCCAGCACAUUGGAAAGGCUGUACCUGGCAAACAACAAGUUCGCUACAAUUCGAGCCGCAGUGCUAAACCUGGGAUCCCUGCAACAUUUAGAUCUAUCCGACAACUACUUCAAAAGUUUGCCUAACGAUGUCUUCAUCCACUUGAAACGGUUAGAGUCGAUCAAUCUCAACGAUAACGCGCUUUCAGCUAUUCCAGAAGCACUGCGAGGACUCACUAGUCUCGAUGAUCUCGAGCUGGCCGAUAACAGAAUCAUGCAAAUCGAUACACAUAUUUUGAGCACACUGACUAGGCUGGAGGAGUUGGACCUAUCACAAAAUUUCAUAUCAUCCAUUCCGUCUGGAGCGUUCGACAACCUGCGAUCGCUGAAAGAACUUCACCUGGAUGAUAACGACAUCAGACACAUCGAAGGCAAUGUCUUUGCUCAGAACAGAAACCUGAAGAAGCUUAUCAUUAGUGAGAACGAAAUCGACGAACUCAGCGGAAAUGUAUUUUCUGGAUUACACAACUUAGAGGAUUUAUUCCUGAGUAACAACCCGAUUACACGAAUGGAUGAGAGGGCAUUCCGUGACCUUUCGCGAUUGGAGUCGUUGGCAUUGGAGAACACCAGCAUGACAGCGUUACCGGGUAGUCCCUUUUCAAACUUAGUAUCACUGGAAAAACUCGAUUUAGACGCGAACAAGUUCACCGAAGCCAAUGACGUCAUGUUCCGAGGGUUGGAACAUGUAGAAGAUCUCUAUCUGAACCACAUCCCGUUCAAAUCAGUUCGAGGCAACUCGUUCCAUCAGCUUGGAAAUCUGCAAGUUGUAAGCAUUGGUCCAAGUGAGUUGACUUCGCUGGACAAAGAUUUAUUCCGAUACUCUUUGAAGCUGGAAGAGGUUUUCCUUCAUGAGUUGGAGUUUUCUUCAUUGCCAUCAGGAUUCUUCCGCUUCAAUCGGAAGCUCAAGACUCUUUCAAUUAAUGGAAACAAAAAGUUGCUUUCCAUUGAGCGUGAAUGGUUUAAGAACGUGCCAAGCCUUAGAAUCCUGAACCUUAUGAAUAACAGCAUUAGCAGCCUGCAGCCAGGAGUUUUCGAUGACCUUGAAGAUCUGGAAAGCUUAUUCCUUUCAAAUAAUCCUGUUGGUACAUUAGACGUUAAACUUCUCACCAAGUUGCCCCGGCUAGAAGCACUGGAGUUGGCAGGGAUGGCCCUCACAACUCUACCCAUCGGUAUCUUUGACAACCUUGCCGAUCUGGAAGAACUUGAUCUGGGGCAUAAUCAGCUGAAAACGCUGGACAGCAACAUUUUUCGUAAUCUAUUUUCGCUGGAAACGCUGCUGCUGGCUGAAAACGGAAUCGAGUCGUUGAGUCCUGAGCUGUUUUAUGGGUUAAGAAAUCUAAACGAGAUCGAUUUGAGCGGAAAUGAGUUGACCACUUUGGAGACGCACGUGUUCAGGGAUUGUUUGAAUCUUGAAAAGUUGGAUAUCGCUAGCAAUAAAUUUGUCACCUUCAAUCUACCACAGAUGAGCUUUGCCAAAACUCUGUUGGAUUUGGACAUAUCAGACAACAUGUUGACCACAAUAACUGUUACGGAAGAUCUGGAAUCGCUGUUCGCAAAUGACAAUCAAAUAACUGGCUUGGAAUCUGUUUCUUCACCUUCGCAUGAUCUAACUAUGCUAUCCCUUGCAAACAAUCGCCUUUCGGACGUAUCGACAAUUCUGAUGUUCACCGAUUUGGAGUAUUUGAACAUCUCUCGAAAUAAUUUCAAUCAGCUAGAUCUCGGUCGCCUGACGGGAUCGUUGGAUGAACUGGAAGUUCUCAAUGUCUCGCAUUGUGGCAUUUCUUCGUUAGGAAAUCCCAACAUUGCGAAUCAAGAAUCGAUGAAGGUUUUGGACCUCUCCCACAACGAGUUACCAAGUCUUCCGCUGGAGGUCCUCAAACACUUUCCAGAGAUGGAAAUGUUCGUGCUUGGCGGAAACAAAUUUGAGGACCUAGAUGCUGAUAGAUUAAUUCAGAACUUCAAAGAUAUGGCACUCGUUGGUGUCGAUGGGACGGAGUGGAACUGUGGAUUGGUGGAAAGAGCUGCGAGAACAUUUGAAGACAACGAUAUUGGAUUCUGGAGCGGCGAACUUCCUGUGGUUUGCUCCGGUAGAGCAUUCAAUGGAGUCUGCUGUAAAUAGAACACUUCAAAGGCUUACGAUCCUAAAGGAAAUAACAAAGGAAAGUUAUUUAUGAUGUUUUUCAUGAUUGAUUUAAGAGUUGCUGUUCCACAGUUGAUAAAAAAAAACCUGCUGAUAGAAGAGAUCAUAUAUCUAAUCCCUACAUUUAACCGAUUGAUUGGUUACACUUUUCAUUGUUCCUCGCGAGAAAAACACAAAAAUCCUAUCCAGUAGCUUUGAUUUAUUAUCGGUAAAAAAAAGAAACAUUUUUUGUUCCUCAUCAA